GUCACCUGAUAAGUAUAUCCGUAUUGUUCUCGGACAAGAGACCUUUUAUUCUUGUCUUGAAUGUGAAGUGGUAACAAUGAACGGACUCAUUCUGUGUUGUAUCGCCUCUUUAAUAGUGGUUUCUUAUGGAAGUGAUGCCCCAUGUACAAACGCUGGAGGCCAUUGUCAGGAUGACCAUUUAGCCUGCCACAAUGGUCACUACCAGAGCGGUAUGUGCUCUGGGGGCACCCAUCGACGAUGCUGCUUGACCUCAGCAUCCCACACUGGCUCAUUCUCAAGCGGUAUUGUUUCACAACAUUGUUUGCAAUGUAUUUGCAAUGUUGAAUCAGGGUGCAAGGCUAUUGGUUGUCACUUCGACGUCAACUCCGAUUCCUGUGGUUAUUUCCAAAUUAAAGAGGGGUAUUGGCAUGAUUGCGGAUCUCCAGGAACAAGCUGGAGGUCAUGUGCCAACGAUUUGGCCUGUGCAUCUAAAUGUGUCCAAGCCUACAUGUCCCGAUACAUUAACUUCAGUGGCUGUUCUCACUCCUGUGAAAGUUACGCUAGAAUCCACAAUGGCGGUCCCGCUGGUUGCAAACACACAAACACACUUGGUUACUGGUCGCAUAUUCAGUCACAAGGAUGUCAUCAUAAUAGUAAAUAAAGGAAAAGUUCUAUUUGUCAUUUCA